AUGGAAAAAAUCUAUAGCGGUAAGGUUAAGAACCGACGGAAAUCUUACGUGGACGUGACUAAGCUCCCUGAUGAUGAUGUUACCGACGCGUCUGACGCUGGGGAUGAUGUCGAAGAUGAAUCGUUGUUGCAUCUUGAUCUUCAUCAAAUCUCCAUCGACAUUGAUCAAUUCACCGACGAGUUGUCCACCGUCGACGAAAAGGAGAUCUCACCUGAAAUUCCUGACACGGUUAAUACCUUCGUUGGGAUCAUAGAAUCAAGGAUUAAUAAAAGAUACAACUCAAUUCAACCUGGCUCCAGAUUUGCUAAUUUGACGGGGGAAGACGAGUUUUUCAUAGAAGCCAUCAAACGUUUAUCAAAACUGAAAAUCGUUUUGGGUGAGUUCCCAAAUUCGUCAUCCUUUAAUAAGGUCAGCAAGGUCCUUCAGCAAGCGAUGGUUCUGAUGGAAGAAGAAUUCGGGGCUUUGUUACAAGAUUGGACAACUUCUACUGAACCAAUAUCGAAAUCUAAGUCUUCUUCCUCAAAAUCGGAUCCUCUCCCUACGCUAACACCAGAGACUUCAUACUCAAAUAACGAACAAGAUUUUCCAGGGUACACAGAAGAAAACAUUACUCUGAUGAACAAAAUUGCAUCCCUCAUGAUCCCUGCAGGUUACCAAUACGAAUGUUGUCAGGUGUAUAGCACGAUGCGGAAAGAUGGAAUUAAUGAGCAAGUCAAAAGGUUUGAAUUUGAAAAAUUUAACGUUGAAGAAGUUCCAAAAUUGAAAUGGGUGUCGCUUGAACCAGAUAUAACACGGUGGAUUAAAUUAGCCAACCAUUGUUCCAGCGUCCUUUUCCCCGCUGAAAGGAAGCUUGGUGAGACUGUGUUUUCCGACCACCUUAAGGUUUUCACAACCUUGUUUAUCAACCUCCUCCGAGGCGUUACCACGUUACUUGUUGAAUCUGUGACGGUUGUAGCAACAGCAAAGCCCAAGGCAAAGAGGUUGCUAAAAUUCCUCGAAAUGUACGUAGCGAUCCGUGAUCUUGGCGACUCCAUUGAUGACUCGGAUUCCAGCAACGUGAAACUAGAAGAAUCUUGCAACCUCACGUCCGAAAUAGCGUCUGCCACAUACAUCAUUGGGCAAGUCGUCCUCAACAUGUUCAAUGAUCUAAAGAGCUCCAUCAAGAACGAUGCCAACAAAACUCCCAUCCAGGGAGGCGGAGUACACCCCACCACACGCUACGUCAUGAACUAUAUAAAAUGCGCAUUUGACGAUUACCAACACGUAUUGGAAUACGUGUUCCGAGAACACACCAAACCAGAGGACGACGACACCGAGGAGGAGUCUUCAAUAUUGUCGAAACAAUUAUUGUCUGUGAUCCAGCUGCUAGACAGUAACCUUGAAACAAAGUCAGCACUUUACAAAGACGCAUCAUUGGGGUACAUAUUCCUGAUGAACAACGACCGGUUUAUAUUGCAAACCGUGAAGGAGAUGAACGGAGUUCUUGGAGAUAAUUGGUGUCGGCGGAAGUCAUCGGAUGUGAGGAACUACCACAAGAGUUACCAGAGGGAAACAUGGAACAGGCUACUACAAUGCCUUACACAAGAAGGUGUCCAAGUCAAAGGGAAGCCAAAUAGACGAAUAUUGAAAGAGAGGUUCAAGAAUUUUAAUGCAAUGUUCGACGAGAUAUACAAGACCCAAAGCACAUGGGUGGUGAGCGAUGAUCAGUUGUUAUCCGAGAUUAGGGUUUCCAUAACUGCAGUCGUCAGUCCAGCGUAUAGGUCAUUUGUUGGCAGGUAUAAGCCACAGUUUGAAGGAGCAAAGAGCAUCGAUAAGUACAUCAAGUAUCAACCUGAAGAUGUCGAAGCAAUGAUUGAGACUUUAUUUGAAGGCACGGAGAAGGUUGACAAUCAAAUGAACUCUAUACAAGCUGUAUCAACGGUGAAGCAAACCACAGGGGCUUUCAAGAAUCUACUUAAGAGUUAUAAAAACGUGGGACUUAUGUAA